GUGUGGAAUGCUUGCAAAGGCAUUGAGGCUCUUUUAUUUCUUUACACAUUCCCUCGCAUACAAUAGGUUUACGAUCCAAUUAGGCUUUAGAAAACAAAACAACAAAAUUAAUUACUUCAAAUAAUGAAAUCUUUUCUUAUGAGUGGAUUGAUACUUCCGCAACCGUGGAACGUUCUCCACGACAAAACUCCUGUGGAGUAGUCGUCUGCAGAAUCAAAUCAGAAAUAGGCCUUUCAGUAAUAGUUUAGUGCACUAGAAACAAUGUCAUCUGCAGCAACUUCUCCGACGCCAACGUCACAACCACCUAGAAGUAUACGAAUGACGCCAUAUUCAGGUCGCCCCAUAGUGCGAUCUAUAAGCGCAGUUUCGUCAAUGGCAAAAUUUUCACACCUAACGAAUCGUUCCCCACUUCGUAUCCGAGAUUCUUUACCGGAUAUUCGACCACGUCCUCCGAUACUCCAAAUCAGAGAUCGAGAAAGUAGAUAUGUGUUGGAUGGGAUAAAGACGGAUGUGUACCAUAACAGCCCAUUCACAAGACCAAAACGAACGCCGAUUAUUCGACCAUACAAUGCAACAGAAGAUCGACAUUCAGCAGGAUAUUUCAGAUCUCCUGUAGUUCAACAAGUCAUGGGAAGGAUACAUUCCGCUGAUGAGUAUCGAAGGAUACCGCCAGAGAAAAGAGGGUUGCAUCGUUUGUCAGCACGAAGAAGAUCCAUGCCAACGCCACCACCAAUAGAGCUCGAUGAACGAGAAAGAGGUUUUGUGCUUGACAGCGUAAAAUCGGAACGUCGACGAAACAAGCAGAAUCCGAUUUACGUGGAGUAUAAUGCGAUGAAUGAUAUUCAUGCUCGUAGAUAUAUACAUCGACGAAUGGUACAAAGCUUGUUAAAAAGAACUGCUUUUUCUCCACAGAAGUUAUAUCCAACGAUAACAUUUUAUGCUCCGACGAAAAAUGAUAUCGUGGUAUGAUUUGGUUGUCAUACUGAUCUUUGUCCAGAACUUUCAGAAAGACAGUUCUUCCAUUGUGUAAGAAGGAAGCCAUGUUGUAUAUAAUAAAUCCCGACUGCAAUAUUAUUUUUUCACUCGUUUGUAUUAUUGAAAUAAAAUAUAAUGAUAAUGAUUUUGA